AUAUCUCCUCCUUGGUCUACGCGAACCAUAUAGGCUAGUUUCAGUUUGAAGAUGUUCUUGCUGCUUUUCAUCCUCUAGCAGCUUCUAUCUAAGCUCCUCUUAACCCCUGGAGUGGGGACAUUCAUUCAUUCAUUCAUUCCUAAGUGCUAAGAGUCUCAGCAACUUCGUGCCAAAGAGCUAAAGAUGUCGUCUCCUGGUGAUCAUUCAUCGCCCGUCGAGAAGAUACCUGACCUAGGGUCGUCGUCUCACUCAAUUACAGAUUCAAGGAGCCAGACACCCCGUGACCCUGAGCAGGCCGCUGACUUAGCCUCACCUGGGGAUGGGAGGUCGGCUGGGGAUGAGAAGCCUCCUGCUCAUAGUCCGGGAUCGUCUCCUGGCGACACUGGUUCGCUCCCCUCCGUAAGAAGCGGUUCUAGGAGAUUUUCAAUGAAGAACCCGAGUGUAGUCAAGCCUGAAGGCGAAAGGGUGAUGGUGGUGGACAAUCGAAUGCUAAGACUCACAUCAACACAAUUCUAGUUCAUUUCUACACGCCCUUUCUCCCUAUUUCCUUCUUGGAAUCGGGAAUAGAAAUGUCGUAGGACGAGGCAAGAAAUGAAUUGUUUUGUUCUCGUCCUUCUCUCUAAGAACAAUGAUGGGACAGAAGUUGCCAUCAGCCUCUGCAGGGGGGAGAGCUCGUUUAAGAGCUCGUGCUGUUAGAGCAGCACCUGCAGAUGCUAAUGACGGUAAUGAUUUUGAGCCAGCCAGACCAACAGAAGCCACGGGGGAGCAGAAUACUAGAGCCAGCGCAAGAGUUAUGGUCAACACUUAGUGUCCAUCCUUCUCAGCAUUUAAAUUUGGUACCCUUUUGCCCUGUAUAUCAACGAAAUACCAGGCGAAAGGGACCGAAAUAGGGGGCCGAGAUGAAUCAAAACCGACUCUAAAGGCGGGCAGGAUAGUAGAACGAGCGCAAGAAGAGAGGAUAGUAGAACGAGCGCAAGAGGGCAGGAUAGUAGAAGAACGAGCGCACGCGGACAAGAUAGUAAAGCCAGUACAACAUCAUCAAGUGAAGCCAGUACAACAUCAAGAGGACAAGAUAGUAAAGCCAGCGCAACAGGACAGGUGGAUAGUAGACCGAGCGCAAGAGGACAGGAUAGUAAAGCCAGCGCAACUACAAGAGGACACGAUAGUGCAUUAAGGCUCAAUAUUCUUCAUAUCCGCAGUUCAUUUCCCUCUGUGUGUUCCCUUGUUCUUGGGAUUCAUCCAAUGUCGACACAGAUGAGAACACAAAAACGAAAAUGUCGACACAGAUGAGGACACAAUGAGCUAAGGAAUUGAAUUGUUUUGAGCUCUAAGUAAAGCCAGCGCAAGAGCACAGGAAGAUUACAACUACUCAACAUUCCAUGUCCUUAUGCUUGAGGCUCACAAUAUACUUUCAUUUAUUGAGCAGAGUUUUCUACCGGUACAGAAUGGAAGAUUCAACCACGACUUGAAAUUCAGCUUUCUGCACUCUCGAGUUUGUGCAGAAAGACUUGAAAUUCAGCUUCCUGCACUCUUUCUUGCAAGUUGAAGAUUCUCAACUUGAUUCUCAACUAGAGUCGAUUCGUGGUCUAAGGAUUCUGACGCUCAACCGGCGAUAUCAAGACAAGAAAGAGAGACCUCUCCUGACUCUUCUGCGGUGAAAAAUCUUAUGGUGGAUGAAAGUGUUCUACUUACUAGAAGGAUUUCCUCAUGAGCAAUAGGGGUUAGUUGUAGUUGCUCUUCAUCGCGUUUCAUUGUAUGAGAGAUCAAGAAGAACAACGGUCAUCAUGAACGAUGGCAACAGGGACAACAGCAUGUAUACAACUCUUUUUACUUUUUAGCACAGUGACAAUGUGCUGUUUUAGACAGAGUAGUACUUCUGUCUGGUAGAAGAUUAUUUGGAGCUCGUCAGCGUCAGUGUCAUUUAGGCUUCGACGAGUACUUACAGCACUCGCUGUCUGCUAUAGGAGGAGCUCUUGUUCUUCCUAGACGAAGCAAGUGGUAAAUGAAAUACAGUUUCUUGGUAAAUGAAAUACUGUUCCUUGUGAAUACUUACUAGUAUUAACCUCAUGUUCUUGUACUUGUUCCCAGAUCGAACCGAUCACCCUCUAAGUUGUUCGAAAUUCCCCCUAUUAGCUCAUGGCUGUCGUCGGAAGGACGCGGUACCGGUCCGAACAGCGAAAAGGUAUCCAAGGCUGUCUUGAUAAGCAUCUCCUGAGGUCUACGUAGGUACACAAUGGCCUCGAACGCUCAUCCCCUCAUAGGUGAGGCAGCUCCUAUCCUAUCCUACACAAUGCAAGGCAUAGUAGAAUAGUCAAAUACAACUCUUAAGUUCACUUUUUUAAAAACAAGGAUGAAGUUCAUCUUGUGCUUCUCUUCUUCGAUGAUUAUAUUGGUAUUAAGUAGUUUUUUUUUAAGCAGUUCGGAGCUUUCCAAAGCGGUGAAGGUAAUAAACAGAGUUACCGACGCUUAGACUAAACCGAUAUCGAUUCAUCUUGUUGAUCAGUGUUGAAGAUUGUCUAAACCUACUUACAAGCAAUGAUAAGUCAUAGUGGUGAAGGCAAUACACAGAGACAGCAAUGAAUAUAUUCAACACAUUGACCCAGGGCAACGAGAGGAAACGCUCACCCAGACGGAGUACUGUUGCAUCGCGAGUGGUAUUUUCAACUAUAGAAAACUUGAAAUUUGUCUUAUUCUAUUUACUCGAAAACUCAAAAUAAGCGAGUUACUGACUGAAAUAAGGAAGGCACUAGCUUGUAGCAUCAAGGCUACUCUUCCUUCUCAUCAGUAUCUCCCUUAUUUUCAGUAGCUACUUGCUUAUUUCAGUUUUUCGAAUAAGUUCAUUGGCCUUGUUCGUUCCGCAUCUUUUUUCUGAUGCAUCCAAUUCUAUGCUGCCCUGUCUUAUCCUGUCCUAGCCUAUCCUCUCCUCUCCUAACUUCCACCCCUAACUUUUACCCCUAACUUUUACCCGUAACUUCCACCACAACAGGUCAGGAUCACCUAUGACUUUUAUGUAUCGUCGCUUUUCUUCUCUUCUAUCUCUCCGUUCUCUCAGGCGCUUAUCUCACGCUUACCACGUGUAUUACGCUUAUUUUUCCCUCACUAAAUUCCACAACAGGAUAACGGUCUGUCGAAGCUUGGCCUUUUCAUCGCGAGGAACAAGGCGUUCAUGGCAAAAAAGAGGAUGCUGAAACGUAUCUGUCUUUCUUGGAAUCGUGUUUCUUUGCAAUUCAUCCCUUUUCCAGCUUUAAAUAGCUGACUCGCGAGGUAAAUUCAUACUUUAUCACUCUUAGAAACUUGGGCUUGGAGUGUAAAGACCCGUAUUCUCUCAUUCUGUUUCUUUUCUUUUUCUUCUUCUUUUCUUCUAUCUCUUCUUGCUGCGACCCGGUUGUUCGUGGUCGUAUUUCGUUCGUAGGCCUUAGCAGCUUCUCUCUCUCUUACUCCCACUUGGGGUUCGGUCUUUUGGACCUUCUCUCUUUUCGGGUCCGUUAGCGAACCCUUUCUCUUAAUGUUGUCUGAGAUUCGUGUUUUUCUUGUUGCUGGUGGAGAUUCUUGUUGUCUCUCUCUUUUGCGCUUCCAGCCCCGCUUGGGGGGUCGGUUUAUUUCCCGCCUGUGUGCGUUGCCAUUUCUCCCCUUAGUCGGGGCGGUGCUUUGCCAUUUCUCCCCCACAGCUGGUCUUGGAGCGCCAGUUUCAUUUCGAUCCUUUUCGGUUUUCUGAGACAAUACGAGAAUUUCGACCAGAUGCAUAAGUGUCUGCUUUGCUAUUUUCCCCACCUCGUUCUAUAAACACAGGCAUGAACGAGAACGGUUCGCCGAUAGACGCGGCCACCAGUCCAAGAGACGCCUAUCGAAACAAGUACUUUUGUGACUACUGAUUUUGUCAAGUAGACUUUUCAUCGGUAUAAUCAAUUUUGUCCUAGAUCAUCUCCUGAUUUUGUCUCGCAGAGACGCUUAUCCAAACAAGAUUAUUAUUUUUUUGGUCAAGAAGACUAGGGUACUAGAAGUAAAGUGUAGAAGAACGAAGUGAUUUCAUUCAUUGAAGUGUAUUAUAUAUAGUGAAGACUUUCAGUAUGGUGACCUAUGGUCUUCGUAUAUAUUAUAACCUAACUUAUUUCCUUUUCCAAAUUUCUCAUCCCCACAGUGCUACAGAACAACUAAAAAGACGGCAACGUGAAAGAGAGGGAUUACAGCCAGCCACGGGAACUCCAAGAGACGAAAAAUAUACGCCUCGCGUUAUUCUACUGUUACGACUUAGAAGAUGAAUUAGUCCACUGCUGGAACUGUAUCGCUGCGCCGGUAGACUAGGGCUUUUGCCCGGGAAGAUGGCAACCAAUCAAUGAACUAUUUAGUACUUAAAUGGAACAACUUAUUUGAUCUAGAACAUAUUCACGCACUGGGCUUCUUCUCUGCUUCAAAGGUUAUUUGACGUUCACUUUUUUUCUAACGUAAGAGGAAGUGGAUUUGUCGAAAUUGGGUCUGGAGAGCAUCCGGCAUGUCGAAUUCCGUGGAAAAGUACGAGUGCUGAACCUCUCGUUUAACCGGCUCACAGAUUUGCCAUUGUUGGACCUGCCGCAUCUGAAAAAAAUGUUAAGACUGACUACAAGAGCAGAAGAACAAAAUCAAAAGAAAGUCAAAUGUAUAAUUUUCAGCAUCAUCUUUUCGGUAUCAUCGAUGCUUUCUUGGUUCUUCAAACAUCACUUUAUUAUUCUAGGUGACAAAGUUACUGCUAGCUCUAAAAAUGUCGCUCAGCUACAACCGGCUGACCACGGGACAGAGUUUGUCUUUGCUUACUGCAGUAGAGGAGUUGGAAAUGGGAUGGAACAAUAUGCAGGUCUUGGAAGGUUUGGAGGCUUUAAGGCUGUUUACUUCUUACACUGUAAUUUUUUCACCUUCCGAAGCUAGCAUCAAUCUUGGAGCUGUUGCCCCACAACAAGGGGACGAAAGCAUCAGUAGUGACUUCUUAUUCUUAUAUCCCUUGCUAGGUACAUCUACAUCUACAUCUACAUCAUCAUCAUCAUCAUCAUCAUCAUCAUCAUCGUCGUCAUCUUUUGAAGCAUCUUGGAACUGUUGUCCCAUAAUGGGGUGAACACAUCAAUCUUGGAGCUCUUUUUGCUCCAUUUAAUCAUUAAAUGAAGGAAAACAGCUCCAAGAUGAGCCUCGAGAAAUAACGACCCCAAGAUGAACUUCAAAAUGGAAGAUUUACUGGGUGAGCUCUAAAGACUAUGGGGGCGUUAAAGUAUCUCGAUUUGCGACAAAAUAAAUUUACUGAGCCCGAAUGCGUUCGGUCGGUGUCGUUUUGUGUCAACCUGCUCGUCCUCUUGUUGUCCGGUAAUCCGUGGAAGGAGCAAUACGGGAGCUAUUGGGCAACUAUUUCCAAUGUACUAAUACUAUGACUAUCUACGUUAUAAACCAAAACUAAACUUGAGACCUAAAGCGGAGGAGUUUUACGGUUUUAGAUGUACGGAAACCACGGCAAAGAUGUACGGGCUAGACGUAUGCCGCGACGUAUAUCCUGUACGGAAAUCAUGGGAAAGAUGUACUUUCAGGAUGUACUUACACCGGGGCGGUUCGUAGUCGGUUAGCGGGGUUCCUUAUUUUUGAGAUGUACGGAAAUCAUAGGAAAGAUGUACGGGCGAGAGGUAUACACCUCACGCCGUAAAGGUGCCAUGGCUUUGCGUGCGUCUUUUGCAUGAUCCCGCCCCUGCUAAGCGCUUGGGCGGUAGGUGCUGCGUCUGGGCGGUGCCUGCUGCGCAUAGCUUGCCUGCUUGGCAUAGCUUGCUCGCUUGCCUGCUAAGCCUCGUCCCAUCUUGCUUGCUGCGCUUCAUUCGUCUGCCGGCUUAGCAUAACCUGCCUGCUGAGCCUGAGAGCAGCCUGCUUGCAAGGCUUGGCGGGCUUGCUAAGCGUGGCGGGCUUGCGGGGAGUAGCGUGCUUGCUGAGCAUAGCGCGCCUGAGCGGCAUAGGCUGCUCACUUAGCAUAUCCUGCGCGCUAAUGGCUGUAGCUUCCUUGCUAUACGCUCAGCUUGCGCGCUAGGCGUAGCUUUUGCGCUGGGCACUGCUCGCGCCUUAAGCAUAGCGCGCCGGCGAAGCCUAGCCCGCUGGUUAGGGUAGGCGUGUCUUGCUUGCUUGGCGCAGCUUGUUUGCCUGGCGUGGCUUACUUGCCAAGCGUGGCUUGCUUGCGUUGCUAAACCUCACGCGCUUGCGUUGAGUUCUCAUUCAGCUUAGCUGGCUUGCUGCGCCUCGCUGACCCGAUAAGGGUCCGCGCCUUCUCUUGCUUGCUAGACAUAGGCCGCAAGUGGUUGGGCACGUGCUAGGCGUAGCUUGCUCUCUGAGCGUGUUGGGCUUAACUUGCUUGCCCCUACUAGGCGUAGGCCUUUAUGCUAAGGCGCUUCCAGUCUAUAUGUAGAACGCGCCCGCAUAUGGCACGUAAGCAACUGCCUCGCCUUUAUUUGUGCCAUCUGGGUAGGAGGCCUGUGUGCUCCGGCUCAAAUGGUAACUAAGGCCUUCCAAACGGGUCACGCGUAGGCCGCAACCGCAUAAAACUGCGCCAUUUCUUUGGGUGGGAGAUCUGAGGCAGUUCACAGGGCAGAGCCUUCCAAGCGGGUCAAAAGUGGGCAGCAAUCUCAUGAAGCUGCGCCACUUGGGCCACCGGCCACCGGGAGGCUGGGCUAGCUCCCCAAAGGGUAAGACCUUCCAAACGGUUCAAAAGUGAACAGCAGCCGCACCAAUUUGCGCCAUUUCUUUGGAUAGGAGACCUGAGCCAGCUCAAAGGGCAAGCUAGCAGGUCAAAAGUGGGCAGCAGUUUCGUAGAGUUGUGCCAUUUGGGUAGGUGACCUGAGUCAGCUCAAAGGGUAAGACUUUCCAAGCAGGUCAAAAGUACACAGCAACCCCCUAGGGCUGCGCGCUUGGGUAAGAGAUCGGCCCCCUCUAAGCCACCCCAAGGGGCUUGGCCAUCCAAGAGUAGCCAACAGCCCGCCAAAGGUGUGCCAUUUGGGUAGGGGAUCUCAUCUGCGCCAGCUCGAAGGGUAAGAGCCUCCAAACAAGUCAAACCUGGGCAGCUAUCUCAUAGAGCUGCGCCAUUUGGAUAGGGGACCUGAGUCAGCCCAAAGGGUAAGGCCUCGCAAGCAGCUCAAAAGCAGGCAGCAACCCCCUAGAGAAGGCCUGUUUGGAUGGGUGACCUGAGUCGGGUCACUCAGCCCAAAGGGCAAGGCCUUCCAAGCUGCUCAAACGUAGGCAGCAACUUCGCAACGCUGUGCCAUGAUUUGGAUAGGAGAUCUGAACCGCCUCAAAGGGUAAGCGUAAGGCCAUCCAAACGGGCUAAAAGUGGGCAGCAGUCAACCUCUUAAAAUAAGCGGCGCCAUUUGGAUGGGGGGCUCGGCUUGAUUCAGCUCCUCAAAGAAAAGGGCGAACCUUCCAAGCGGGUCAAAAGUAGACGGCAUCCGCAUCAAGUUGCGCCAUUUGGGUAGGGGACCUGGGUCAGCUUGCCAAAGGGUAGAACCUUUCAAGCAGCUCAAAAAUAGCAGGCGCCAGCCUCUUAGAGUGGCGCUAUUUGGGUAGGGGUCCUGAGCUAGUUCAAAGGGGAAAGCCUUCCAAUUUGGGCAGCGAGCUGAAACUGGUCCAAAGGCUAAAAAGAGCGUAGCACUUUGCCAGUGCUUCCGCUUAUGUAAAACGUAGCAGCUUGUAGCACGUGACUGAUUUACUUACGCCGGACCCCGUUACCCUUUCCUCAUGUAAUAAAUUCGUAGCACGCCGGUAGGCCGUAAGUCUAUUUAAUGUAGCUCGUAGAAUUUGCAAGACCCUUCCGCCUUGCCCCGGCCUGUGGGCGGUAGUAUGAGCGGACUUUGAAGAAAAUUAUGUCAGUCUACGCAGCUUUUCCUCGAUAUGGAAAUACUGACUUUGAAAAGCCCUCGGUUGUAUGCCUUGUUAUCAUAUUUUGUUCCCUCCUCCUGCACUCGAAAAAUGAAUUUCGUGGGCUGAAGUAUAUUUGCACGUGAAUAUUAAACGUUCUGAUGGGUGGACUGAAGUUGCAUCUUUGUCUGUGAGAUAGGUUUGAACCCUGAUGAGAAGUAGUGCGAUGAAAGAUCAUCUUCACGUCCUCCACUACUGAAGUAAGUAGGAUUAUAAUCUCUAUUUCGGACGAUCAAACCAAGCCCACUCUUCACUUCCAGUACUGCGGUUCGCGGUUGCAGUAUAUUGAUGAUAAAAAGCUAAUGCGGCCAGUGAGUUUCAAGUUUUCCCAGUCAGAAUCCGAAAAACAUUAUUUUAAGGCUCACGCUUAGUACCCUAAUAAAUUCACAAUCAUCUUCUGCUGUAAAAUUAAGAACGAACAACAGUGUGCAAUAAAGAGGAACCUUCUGGAUCCAGCUGAAUCCAUCAGCAGACUCUGCUCCAUGAGGAGGAGAGAGUUCCAAGAUGAAUCUCAAUGGGGGAGGACAGAGUUCCCAGAUGUAUCCGCGCAGCAUCUCGUGCCUGUUUCCGAAACAAAAAACGGACACCAAGGUGAAUCCCCGAGAUGGAUUUCUUCUAGGCCUUCUCCGUGAGGGUUAAAGAGUUCCAAGUAGAUGAGUCCCCGAGAUGAAUUUCCUAGACGUCUCAAGCGGAAGUUGAACCCCACCAAGACGGAAAGAGUAGGUCCAAGAUGAAUUCCCUAGACUCCCCUCUAAUUUUUGGUAUCGACCGAUGUUUUGUGAGCUGGAGGCGGCCGCUCGUGCUGGACCUGGAUUAGCCUCGAAAACCAUGCACGGCAUCCAUUAUCUUACGAGCAACAGGAAGGUCUCUUUGUCAUUGUCGGUAAGUAGAGCUGCCACUUAAAAUAUGGUGCUCAUGUUGAUUCUGAUUUAUAAUAACUUUGGAACUAUCUUAAUAGUCAAUUAUACUCGUACGACGUCAUCAAGGGGAACAACUUAUAACUAUUAGAAAGAACAUGAACAUCAUGGUGCAUCAAAAAGACACGGUCGUGAAGGGGCUCACGGGCUGCAGGAAGGUCUCUUUGUCAUUGUCGCCAUUUAAGUAGAAGAACAACUUCUCAUGCGAAGAAGUUCUUGUACUAUAUAGUAUAAUGUUCUUUAAUAUGAUCAAAAAAGAACCAUCUUUGACUCUUGCUGUAAGAGUUCACAACUACUAAAGAUCCUAAAAAUAGUUGUUCGUGCCUUAUAAUGUUCUUUUCUUCCUCUAACCAGAACAAAAAUUGGGGUAACAAAAGAGAGGCAUACACUUCUUCUGGAAGAGGAUCAGGCUCCCUGCAGCUAAUGAAAAGAGAAGACGACAUAUGUUUGUGGAGACCUAAAUUAUGAAUAUGAUACGGUUCUUUUUUCGGUUUUUGGUUUUUCCUAGUUAGGCUGGCUCGACCGUUAAUAGGACACGAGACACAGUAGAAACAUAGAAUUUUGUUUUAUUAGCUGGCUCCUUAGUUGUAUUUCUGGCACUUUUUAUAUCUGAAGAAACUUAGCAGAAGUACUUAUGUAGUUGGGUAGCUUGCUUCAUGCCGAUGUCUCUAAGUUCUCGACACUGACUUAUCUGUUGAAACGUCCUCAUUAUACAUGGGAAAAUCCAUCAGCUUCUUCUAAGACAAGUAGAUAUGCGGACUCCUUAUCGAUUGCGGCAUCCAGAUCCUAUCAUUGAUGCUGAAAACGCAAGGUUGGAAGCACUCUAUGGCAAGAAUCAAAAAAAUCAGAAGGCUUUCCUGCAGUCGUCGAUCCGAAAAUAUCGCCAGAUGGAUAGCGUCGAAAGGAUGAAUUUCGGUACUUUAUCUAUCAUGAUAGGGUGAUUUGCUUUUUUCAACCAGCAAGAAAGUUAAUGAGUUCCAGAUUCUCGAGGAUUGAGUCUCCAGAAACAAAAAGUUAAACUUCCAUGGUCUCCACAAUCGUCCCACUUACCAGUGAGGGUCUUGUCUCUUUCGAAAUAUAGAACGAACCCUAAAAUGAAAUGACAUCCACAAUUUACACCAGUGCGCCGUCUCUUUCGAAAUAAAGAACGUGGAUUGCCUCGUAGUCAUUACCAGCGGAUGAAGGACCGAUAUGCAGACAAGCCAAGACGCUCCUCACCUGGAACGGAUGAAUUAGAAGAGGAUCAAGUUUAUGGAAGGAGCUCUAUCCUAACCUGUAUUGUAUUUCAAUUUAUGUUCUUAAACAACUACGCCCGUUGCUCAAUCAUCUUCUAACUGAAGUUGUGCCAGUUGUUGCCCUUUAUUUUUAUAUUGAACGACACUUGACACCAGAGAGUCCUCUACAGUACACAGCUUUUACUCUAUAUUAUAGAAGUACUGACUUCUACUUCUAAUUCCACCUGGGGAAGAAGAGCUUGGUAGAAUAUCAUGAUUUGGAAUUUGUUAGAAGAGUGUCGGACACAGAGGAAGAGGCUACUGUGGCUGGAAGAGAGGCUACUGUUAAGACUAGGAGAAAUCCAUCUUCAGCAGCAUCUUGGGUCCCCUUUUCGUCCCUUUACAAACGGGACUCAAGAUGGGUUCCUGGAGAUCGGUUUCUCUUACAGUUCUAACGAUACUGGGCAAAAAGAAGCAGGUGGCGACGUUUCAGCUACUGGACAGCCAGAAAGUGCAAGCGUCGGCGCCAACGAACUACGUGCUUCUAGUAAAGCGCGUCGCAAUACUAGUGAACAUGCGAUGCACACACGCAGUAGCCACGCAGAUGAAGACAUCGAUGCUCAUUCCUAUUUGCUCUACCGGUCCCACGCGGAUCCGACGGUUCGCCUUCAAACUUUUUUCCCGCCAACGAGAAAAAAAGGUACAGAAUUGGAGUCCGAGUUUAGAAAUUAAGGCUGAGGAAGGAAAAUACUAAUAAAUAAACUACUCAUACUUACAUCUGGGAAACCUCUAAUAAAAGAGGAAAGACGAAACGAAGAUCGCGAGUCCUAUUACUUUGCGUAUCGUAGCAGACGCAAGUCGAACGACUGACGCUCGCAAAAAACAAAUCGACGCUUUAGACGUCCUUACCAAUGAGGCCGACGACCGCGGUGCUUUGAGGAGAGGGGGCGGGAAAUUUAUGGGGGCGAAGAUGAAGAUAAUGAUAAAUAAGAACUUCUUGAUCGAUGUAAAGAAGUAGAAUAUGCGUAUUCAUAGUGUUACCAAUUUUUUUAAGAUCUUCUGAAAAAUACUUCGUUCACAGCACUGAGUGGAGAGAAGAAACAUUCUAAACGCAUAAAUCGGUCCUGGUUUCCCGCUUGUUCAAGAUGCUACUUGUGUAUAGUGAUACUUCUCGAUUCACUUGUUCUAACAAUCACUAUGACAUUAAUCCCCGAUCCUUAAUUCACAAUCCAGUCCUCUAAUCACAUUAUCGAUCCCUCAAUUCAGUUGCACCUGGAGUAUUUGAGGACGUUUCAUCCCAUGCAGGAUGGGGGUGACGCUGAGACUGGUAAGACUUUUUCGGAACAAGCACAAGAAGGAGUACCACAAGAAGGUCGGUUAUUAAACACUCUCGAUGAAUCUUAAGGCAUAUGUAUUGCUGGUACCGAGUGUUACUUUCUUGAGUGUUACUUUCUUGAGUGUUACUUUCUUGAGUGUUACUUUCUUGAGUGUUACUUUCUUGAGUGCGUUUUGCUUAAAGUGCGCCAUGGAUGUGACUGAGGUUAUAAAGAGGGCAGCCAGGGAAGUCGUAGACUCAAGCCGUAUCACCUCACGCCUAAAGUAGAAACAAGCAUUUACAUUACUUACUUAGACUUGUUAGAAGAUCUUCACUUCUUCCAGCACUGUUCUCUUUGCUUCAAGGCUUACUUAGACUUGUUACUUACAACUAUAACUAACUAUAUUUCACUUCCGAGUGCUCAUUCCCUUAUGAUCUGUCUUCUAAUUCACUGGGCGGUCGACUUCGAAUCUGAGCGAAAUGACACCGCGUGCGGAGAGGAAAGACGGCGUCGUAAACAAGGACAUGCAGGAUCGCAUAGAGCGGCCUGACGGUCUGAUAACUUUAAGUCAAUGAUUAUUCUUGCUGGAAACAAAUGUAAAAAUACGAUUCUACAGUAGCUGUAUUGAAACUGAAAAUACUUCUUUCUUCACUUCUACCCUCGUUUGUCUAAAUCGGAACCCAGAUCCUAAAAAUCUCUCUUCUUUGACUUCCACUUUCUACUAACUUCCAUGAUGGUUCCUUCCAGCACAAGAACUUGAGUACCUCGUUUCCGUGUCUAAUCCCCAAUGAUAAGCCUGGUAAGAAGUUGACAAUUCGAUCAGCAAUGGAGGCUAGACGGCAGAAGUUGGAGGCCCAGUUAGAGGCGGAAGAAGAGCGGGAUCGACAGGCUGUAGCUGCCAAUCGCGCUCCCGAUCCGAAAAGACGGGAGUUAUGUCAUACAUAGCUGUUAUCCUACACGUAGUCGAGGACUUAGCGGUUUGUCCAUAUUAGAAGUUGUUAUCAUAUCCAGCAUAUAUUCGUGAGGGAGUAAAUACUCUGUCAUACACUUUGUGAUUGUGAUGUCUCAUCUCUCUCUCACUCUCAGUGUAGUCGAAAACUGGAAAUAACCGAGUUACUAGGUGAAAUAUUUUUAAGGGACGUAGCUAUUCAAGGCUACUCUUAUAAUGAUAACCGGUUAGUUUUCACCUCUACAAUUUUAGGCUUACCCCGUGCAACAAUAAUCUAGUCUUGACUUCUUCUUCUAUGACUCAUCCUCUAAGGUAAGGAGAAGCCGUGCUAGGAUCUGAAUCUGAGCAAACAAUCGACUACGGAGAGGCCGAACAUCAGCAAAGCGGACCACCAGAAAGUGGGGAUGACGGAUACAACUCUUCGAGUUCGGGUACAUCCAAAACACGUAGUUUUACUGUUGUACCACCCCCUAGUUGUACAGCACUUACUACAAGUUGUGCACUACCACUUACUACAACUUCUUCUGUAGUGCCUGCUCCACGCAUAAAAUGGAGAAUGUUGGAAGCUUGGCCUUUAGCAAAGUUUUUUCAAAGACUACGAAGCCCAGGGAAGAGUCCGGGAAAACAAGGAGCUUUGAAUAGUCCGAAUAGAGGCAGCUCGAAUAGUCACAACUACAAGGAAGGUAAACUUGAUAGGCUCAACAAGGCUAGUCUUGAUAGUCCCAACAGGGGAGGUGGGCUUCAUAGUCCCGGCAAAGGGCAAGGACCUGGAGCUGGAUUGACUCUGAAAAGCCCUGAGAGCAAGUCGCGUAAGACAAGGAGGAGCCCCACAAAAUUGUGUGGAAGUCCUAGUAAGAUGAAGAGUCCUGUGGAGCAGUCGGUGUGAUUGAUUCCAUAGAGUGAUUUAAGUAGUAAAGUAAGUAGGAGAAGGAGGGAGCAUACACAGCUUGUAUAGGACUGCGACCAUUUUUCCAGUGAAAAUUUCAGCAUACAACCAAUUCCAGUGAUUCCAUAUUAUAGUUAGGCUGCAAGCAAUUCCAUUUAUACG